AUGUUGGCCACUCAGCGUACCUGCUUUGUGGUUUUCACAAUUUUUGUAUUCAUCGCAACGUUUACUUACAUGGCCGGCUAUCAUGAGACGUUACUGAUUGAAACACCAUACAGCUACGUGGAUCCAGCCGGUAAACACUACGAAGGAGGGCACCCGAUAUGGAAAAAGCCCUUGGGCAGGAAGAUCUUGAUUGUCGACAUUGAUACACGUGCCCCAACCGAAAAGAACAACAUUUUCAACCCCGAGAGGAUGAACUGGGAAGCCCUCAAAAAAGGAGGCACCGAUUUGGUGUCCACGGGGAUCUUGAACCAUUACUUGUACGCCGCCAUCCAUGGGUAUGAUUAUAAGUUUUACCACGCGCGUGAAUUGAAAGGCCACUACUCCACAUGGAUUAGACCCCAUGUAAUACGCGAGCUGUUACCCAAAUAUCAAUUCGUCGUCCACAUGGACGCUGACGCUAUGGUUUCACAUCUGGAUCUCCCACUUGAAUGGAUGUUUAAUCGUUGGGGUAUCCAGAAGGAGACAUCCAUGGCUCUUCCAUGGGACACUGAGGAGAUUCGCAACGGCUCAUCCAUUAGCACAGAUAGCAUGGGAUUGCGCGUGCUGAAUGGUGGCUUCAUCGUUGCGCAAAAUUCUACGACCACACUGGAAAUGCUCGAAGCAUGGCGUGAUUGCACAACUGAGACACGCUAUAAGGGUUGCGCAAAUUGGAAAACACAGUGGAGCCACGAACAGCGCGCAUUCUCCGAAUACGUUCGUUAUGACUUCAACAAGACGCCAGAGACAAUCGUCGGCAUACCGUGUGAUGAUGCAAUGGGCUUUCCUGGUUUCCAUAUCUCUGAUUGCAACGGCAACAUGAUCCAGCAUUACACAAGCGGAAAGGCCCUUGCUAAAGGAGCUGGCGGGGUCAGUGCAAUGCAAAUCUUGAGCGCAGUGUUGCAGCAGCAGCUCUUGGGGCACAAGCGCGUGCUCUGGUAUAGCGAACCCUGGCCUAACCCUCCGCCGCCCAAGAUUUUGCAGCCAGCUGUAGAAGAGGAUGAGAAGGAGGAGCCACCAAAGUUGAGCGGCCUCCUCAUUGAAGAAUGA